AUGCCCACAGACGACGUCACCGCUCGCGCCGACGCGACUGGCGACAGCGACUCACCCAUCGACCGUAGCUCGCGGAUUAAUGAGCUCAAGGCGACUCAGACGUCACUCGUGGAGCUGAUGUUCGAUCUGGUCAAAGAUAAGGCAGAAAGCGUCGGCAAGGAUGAAUACCUGACGCAGAUGGAGAAGCGGCUGGAAGAGUUGGAGGAGACCAUUCGGCAGCAGCGCGAAUGUCUGGACGAGUCGGAGCGCGAGUGUCAGUCUCUGACUCUUGCAGCGAAGAUGUACAAAAUGAAGAGCGAGUUGUACGAUCGCAGGUAG